CAACAAUGUCAGCACUAAACUGGAAGCCCUUUAUUUAUGGAGGUUUGGCAUCAAUCACUGCAGAAUGUGGUACUUUCCCCAUUGAUCUGACCAAAACACGACUGCAGGUUCAAGGUCAAGUUAAUGAUGCCCAGUACAAAGAGAUCCGCUACAGGGGGAUGCUGCAUGCUCUGGUCAGGAUCUGCAGAGAGGAAGGACUGAAAGCCUUAUACUCUGGGAUUGCACCUGCAAUGCUACGCCAAGCUUCCUAUGGGACUAUCAAAAUAGGCACUUACCAGAGUUUAAAAAGAAUGUUUGUUGAGCAUCCAGAAGAUGAAACCCUGAUGAUAAAUGUUCUCUGUGGCAUCCUUUCAGGAGUCAUCUCAUCAUCUAUUGCCAACCCUACAGAUGUCUUAAAGAUCAGAAUGCAAGCCCAAGGGAGUGUGAUUCAAGGAGGAAUGAUGGGCAACUUCAUGCAGAUCUACCAAAAGGAAGGCACCAAAGGAUUGUGGAAGGGAGUAUCACUGACAGCACAGAGAGCUGCUAUUGUUGUUGGAGUGGAGUUGCCAGUGUAUGACCUUGCCAAGAAGCACAUAAUUAUGUCUGGAUUUUUGGGAGAUACAGUAUAUACUCACUUUCUGUCAAGCUUUACUUGUGGCUUAGCUGGAGCCCUUGCGUCCAACCCAAUCGACGUGGUGAGGACAAGGAUGAUGAAUCAGGGAAGCCAACAAAAUGGGGGCUACUCAAACUACAAGGGUACUUUGGAUUGCUUGUUACAAACAUGGAAGAAUGAAGGUUUUUUUGCUCUAUAUAAAGGGUUUUGGCCCAACUGGUUAAGACUUGGUCCUUGGAAUAUCAUCUUUUUUGUGACCUAUGAACAGCUGAAGAAACUGGACUUCUGA